AUGAAUCAACAACUUUUAGGACAGACUAUAAAUGGUGCCCCAGGCAUUGCUUUGCAGCAACGUCAAGUGCAGGCAGUGCAGGCACAACAAGCACAGGCUCAGGCUCAGGCUCAGGCACAAGUGCAAGUCCAAGCUUUACAAAGCCAGCAGGCCCAAGUGCAGGCUCAGGUUCAAGCCCAAAACCAGGGCAUGGAUCCUAAUUCAUUAGAUGCUCGUUUAGCACAGGAAAAUGCAGAAACUUGGAUCGCUAUUGGUUCGUGUGCUGACACUAUUGGAAGCGUUGAAAAGGCAGUUGAAGCUUUUUCGACAGCACUUAGAUAUACUCCAAAUAAUCCAAAGGCACUGACAAAAUUGGCUAAUGUGUACAGAACACGUGAUGCUUAUGCGGAGGCUGCAGAUCUUUACAGAAGAGCGCUUUCCUUGGACCAAAACAAUGGAGAGACCUGGGGUCUUUUGGGACACUGCUAUUUAAUGCUAGAUGAUCUUCAAAGUGCUUACACAGCAUAUCAGCAAGCUCUUCUUAAUCUUCAAAACUUGAACGUGCCAAAAUUAUGGCAUGGGAUCGGAAUCUUGUACGACAGAUAUGGUUCAUUGGAGUAUGCGGAGGAAGCAUUUGUUCGUGUGUUGGAGAUGGAUCCAAACUUUGAAAAGGCCAACGAGAUCUAUUUCAGGCUAGGAAUCAUAUACAAGCUUCAGGGCAAGUUACAGAAGGCACUUGAGUGUUUCAACUACAUUCUUUCCAUGCCUCCGGCGCCAUUAUCGCAGUCGGAUGUCUGGUUUCAGAUUGGCUCUGUACUGGAACAGUCGAGAGACUUCCCAGGUGCAAAGGAUGCCUACGAGAGGGUUUUGCAAACAAAUCCAAACCAUGCCAAGGUCUUGCAGCAGUUAGGAUGUCUAUACUCACAACCUGAGGCUCCGUUCCACGAUGAUGACGUUGCAUUAAGAUUGCUUCAUCAGUCAAUUGAGUUGAACCAAGCAGAUGCACAUUCCUGGUACUAUCUGGGUCGUGUGUACAUGUCAAAGCAGGACUAUCCGAACGCAUACGAGUCAUUUCAGCACGCGGUUAACAUUGACUCGAGAAAUCCAACCUUCUGGUGUUCGAUCGGUGUGCUCUACUAUAAAAUAUCGCAGUAUAAGGAUGCCUUGGAUGCUUACACCAGGGCAAUCAGACUUAAUCCUUAUCUUUCGGAGGUCUGGUAUGAUUUGGGAACAUUGUACGAGACUUGCAACAACCAGAUUGGCGAUGCCUUGGAUGCAUAUCACAGGGCAGCAUCAUUGGACCCAAGCAAUCCAAACAUUCAGGAAAGACUUCUUCAGCUUACCAAAUACCAAAAGGAAGGUGGCUCUCUACCACCUCCACCUCUUCCUCAAGCUGCUCAGCAACCAGUUCAGGUCAUGACUCCUCAGCAGCCACAAAUGCAAACGCAGUUCCAGGCUCAACCUCAGGGACAGCCAGUCAGAGCUCCACAAUUACAGGCACCGGUUGCACAACAGCUUCCUCAAAAUGCUACCUCUCGUGUUCCACUUCCAAUUCCGCAGGUUCCACAACAGUCUUCCAUUAAGCAGCACCAAAGUGAUGGUCGCGAAAAUGGUCAGCUUCUACAACCAGUUGAUCAUGGAAUGGAGCCUCCUCCUCCACCACCCCCUCAGCUGCAGACAAAUCACAGGCAAGUUAGUGCUUCGCUGAAUUAUUCUGAGCAGACUGGUGAUCAGUCCAAGUCCACCCAGCUCCAGCCGAUGAACAGUGAAAACAGGAAACAGAAUCAGGAAUUCCAUCCUGAAGAAAAUGGCUCUUCGAACACAAAACUUCCUCCCGUGCAACAGCUGGAUGGAGAUUCGGCUGGUAAUUCUCACGUGAGCCUACCUCCUAUUACUUCAACGGCUCCAACUUUGAAUAAGGAGGAGGACUCUUCCUCCAAGAAGCAUUCUCUUGAAAAUCCAAAGCCUGUAGAGCCGGAGGAGAUUAAGAGGCAGAAAACAGAGCAAAGUACGAUACCUUCUCCUGGUCACGCAAACACAACUGUUGUGUCGAAUUUCAACACCACACAGGAGAACAGCUCUGAGAAUAAACCCUCUGUACAGGAUCAGCCUGCUGCAAGUGCCCCAACUCCUCCAAAAGUGACUCCAUCUGGAAGUGAAUCGGGUAAUAACGGUCUUGUGCACACCAAAAGUGAAACUACUGCUCCUUCUCAAGUUGAUGCUUCGACUUCUGAGGAGAAAACAAAGGUUCAGAUUGCAGAUAAAGAGGAGCCUAAACCUACCAUUAGCUUGAAACCAAUGGACAAGGAAGAGAUUGCAGAGAUAAAAGGUGAAAGUAUCACUGGGUCUGAUGCAGCCAAGACAGAGAAUGAAACAGCUCCAAAGGAUUCGAAUGCAGACUCCAAGAAGGAUGAAGUUAAAAAUGACUCUCCGGUUGAAGAACCUGUGCGGAAAGUUGAUGAGGAUGAAGAUUACGAUGAUUAA